AUGUCGGUGUUCGCGCGGCUGUCGGAGGCCUUGACCAUGUGCAGCCGGCCAGAUGUGAGGCCCGUCCGCACCGCCGCAGAUCCACCAAUGGGACCCAAUGAAGCCCUCAACCUUCUCAAGGACGGCAACCGCCGCUUCGUGCAGGGACAGCCGCUUGCCAACCGCACCAAUGCUGUGGUGCGACAGGAGCUGGUCGAGCUCGGCCAGGCUCCGCAUACGGCCAUCAUCGGUUGCGCUGACUCGCGUGCUCCCCUGGAGACGAUCUUUGACACAAUGCCAGGUGACAUCUUCGUGCUCCGCAAUGCAGGUAACACUUGCACUCAUGCGGAAGGCAGCAUGGUGGGGAGCCUGGAGUUCUGCACUGGCAAACUGGGCAGCCGCUUGGUGCUGGUCCUUGGCCACACGAAGUGCGGCGCUGUGUAUGGGGCCACCAAGACCUUUCUGGAUGGCCAGGCUUCUCCUAAGAAAUUCGGUUCUGCAUUGGAAGGACUGUUGCAGGACCUUGGCGCAGUUGCCCAGCAGGCCCAGGAGGAAAUGGGCCCUGAUGCGGAGGCAGAUGCCGUUGCAGCCCACGCUGUGAAGGUAAACGUCUUCCACACCAUUGAUUUCCUGCUCAAGUUCAGCGAGUCCAUUCGUGAGGGUGUCCGUAGCGGGCAGAUUGAGAUCCACGGAGGCAUCUACCACCUGGAGACAGGCAAUGUGGAAUUCAUGGGCAAGAGCCCACGACAGACUGAGUUGCUGGACUCCAGCCUGCCCAUUCCUCCUUCCAUGGCGAACUGCCCGGAGCCUGAUCAUGGCGUGCACGGCGUUCGUACAGGGGCUGAUGUGGCCAUCAGGUCGAGGGACGCUUUGAAGCUGCUCAAGGAGGGCAACGAGCGCUUCGCAGCAGGCGCACCCACAGCAGCGACCACCUCCAGGGACAUGCGUCGGGCGUUGGUCAAGUGUGGCCAGGCACCGCACAGUGCCAUUGUCGGCUGUGCAGACUCACGGGUGCCUGUCGACACCGUCUUCGACGCUAUGCCUGGAGACCUUUUCGUGCUCCGCAAUGCAGGAAACACCUGCACUCACGCGGAAGGCAGCAUCGUCGGUAGCCUGGAGUUUUGCACUGGCAAGCUGGGUACUCAACUGGUCUUGGUGCUCGGGCACACGCAGUGUGGCGCGGUGGCUGGGGCCACCCAGAGCUACAAGUCCGGAGGCAUAUCCAAAGCGCCAGGUACGGCCCUUGAGGGCCUGCUGCAGGGUCUGGCCUCGGUUGCACAGCAGGCGACUGAGGACCUUGGUCCAGGGGCCGAGGAGGCCAAGCUCAUCGCUCACGCUGUGAAGGUGAACGUCUUCCACUCCAUAAACUUCCUCUUGAAGUUCUCUGAGCCAUUGCGCGAGGCAGUGCGCAAGGGAGACCUUGACAUCCAGGGUGGCAUCUAUCACCUGGAGACUGGCCGUGUGGAAUUCCUUGGACGCUCGCCUCGGCAAGCAGAGCUCUUGUCCUCCAAGCGCGCUUUGCCACCAUCCCUCGCCAGCGGCAACGUCCGGACCUCCCGAAGUGGUGCAGUGCUGCCGCAGGAAGCAAUGGUGAUGCUGAAGGAUGGUAACGAGCGCUUCGCUACUGGUGCCCCGAUUUCUGGCAAGGUCCAUCAGAGCAUGCGCGAGGCUUUGGCUACUGUUGGACAGGCUCCCCACACUGCUCUUGUUGGCUGUGCAGAUUCGCGCGUGCCCCUGGAGACCGUCUUUGAUGCGCUUCCUGGGGACCUCUUUGUGCUGCGCAACGCUGGGAACACCUGCACACAUGCCGAGGGCAGCGUGCUUGGCAGCCUGGAAUUCUGCACUGGCGCACUGAACACCCGACUGAUCUUCGUGCUCGGGCACACGGCCUGCGGUGCGAUCAAGGGUGCCACCAAGGCGUACCUUGCAUUGAAGAAGUCCAACCCGGCCAAGGACGGCCAAGCGUUGGACAGGCUGCUCCUUGGCCUCAGCUCCGUGGCCGAGAGCGCAGCUUCCGAGCUGGGACGAAAGGCCACCGAGGAUGAGAUUGCCGCGCAUGCGGUGAAGUUGAAUGUCUUCCAUACCAUGAACUUCCUUCUGCAGCACAGCGAGCCAAUUCGACAGAAGGUGAGGAGCGGCGAAUUGGAGAUCCAGGGCGGCAUCUAUGAUCUAGGAAGCGGCCGAGUGCAGUUCCUUGGUCAGAGCCCAGUGCAAUCGAAGCUGCUCAAGUCGCAACCUGCGACAGCUCCCUCCAAGAAGGAUAAGCUCCAUGGGGCCUAG